AUGGCAAGUCCGACAUUAGGAUUGAUGCAGCCAUUGAUUGGAGUAUUUUCGGACUAUUCAAAAUCCAAAUGGGGACGACAACGACCUUUCAUUGUUGGUGGGUCGAUUUUUGCAAGUAUAUGCCUCCUUUUACUCGGCUGGGCAACGGAGCUUGUUGGGCUGUUCAUUGCAGAUGAACAAACAGUUAAGCUUCCCGGAUUAUUCUCCCAUCCACUUGCUCACACUAACGAGAUUCUAGAAACAUAACUGUAUAAUUGUGGUUGCGAUUUUUAAUAUACUUGUGAUCGAUUUCUCUGUUGAUGCUGGCAUGUGUUAACUUCCCCCAAAAUACUUGAUAUCGCCUUCUAGCUUCUGACUAGAUAUGAAUCAGUCCAAAAUUGUUGCCGCAGCUUGGUUAUUGAUACCUUGCCUAUUCCACAACAGCAAAUCGGCUCCGCUUGGGGUAAGCCUGUCAUAUCCCAUAUAUCUCAGACCGUUUCUGACUAGAAAAGCUAGCAGGAUGAUAACUACUGGCCAUCUAAUUGGUUGUGCCUUUGGAGCAAUUGAACCUCCAAGCAUUUUUGGGCCUUAUUUGAAAGAUACACAUUUCAAGCAGGUUAUUGUUAUAGCUUCCAUCUCGCUCCUCUCUUGUGUCCUUGUUACCGCAUAUGCUGUAAGGGAAAGGGUAUUGAUUGCAGCGGUACAAGUCAGCUUACGGCAACAAACAUGCUCUCCCGCUUAUUUCAAACAAUUGUUUCCUUGCCGCCGCGCAUUAAAGUUAUAUGUUGGGCUCAAUUUUGGGCAUGGAUUGGUAAGGACCUUUAUCCACAAAUAAUCCUAGAACUACAAGGGUGGUUUCCAUUCCUCUUCUAUGGUUCGAUCUGGAUUGAAGAAGUAUCCUUUCAUCAAGGGGCUUCAAAAUCGGACCUCCAAAAUUCAAAGAAUUUACUGGCUUAUUUUGGCCGGCUGGGUAGCCUGGCCUUUGUGAUAUUUUCUUCAGUCGCCUUACUUGCAUCUAUUAUAUUGCCUUUGGGAGUCUGCUCCACGGAGUAUCUGAAAAGUUCCUUCAGCCCUAUGAUCACGCUUGCCAUUGGACGAUAUUUCAAGCGAAUACCCGUCUUGUAUCCCGAUCUUGAGACAGCUUGGAUGGUUUCACACAUUGUAUAUGCAGGUACAAUGCUAUUAGCCCCUUUAACUGGGUCGGCUGGAUUUGCAACGUUUUUAGUUGCACUCUGUGGUAUUUCUUGGGCGAUUUCCUGUUGGGCGCCAUUUACAUUCAUAGGGGAGGAAGUUAAUCGUCUUUUCGUUCCAGUGACAUCAAGAGACCCAAACGUUACUAUGAUAACAUCUGCAACCUACCCUCGUCAACAGGGCACCAGUCGUUCCGCAUCUAGAGACCGAGACCUCUCGGAUGUGGAACAAGAUGAUGGCGUAUUGAUGUUGAAUCACGGUUAUGAUGGCAGUGACAGUGAAGAUGAGGGUAGCGAAGUCCCAUAUGCAAACGUCUCAACCGGAGAAUUAGCUGGGAUCUACAUAGGUAUCCUAAAAGUGCAUACCACCCUCCCUCAAUUACUCAGUAUGUUCUGCUGGGUAAUUUUUGGCGCCUUCGAGCCAAAACUGGCGGACUCGCGGGAAACACAAGCUGCUUCUGUGAAAGGCCAGUUUGCACCAAAUGAUAUGGACGUUAACAUCAGCGGUCCCAAUGCCUCGGGGUUACGUUUAUUCGUUGGCGCAUUAGGAGCCUUACUUGCUGCAGAAUUCGCAAGGAGGCUGAAGCGGACCCGCUAA